GCUGGAAAGUCAACGUAAAAACAAAACCCUCGUUGCGAAGCACAUACACGGUUUCCGACUCCGCUGAAGUGCUAUUUUCCGGUGGAACUGCGGCAACGACUGAUCCAGAACAGCUUACUUUCCUGCCUCCAACAAUUUUCCGAUGGAUGACUGGAAUCCGGAACAGCUAUCCUCCUCCGCCGAGGCCGCCGCCAAAGCACCAGAACCGUCGUCCAUUUUCGCAUCUUCUUAUCAAUACUGUUCGAGAAUUUUACGCCAACGUUUCAUCGGCUGCAUCCCUUCUCUAUCCAAUUUAAAUCUCCCCCAAAAGAUCACUUUUCUCGAAAAGAUUUCUACUCUCUACAAGAGGAGAAUCAUCCCGUCCACAUCACGAAGAAAGCGCGGGACGUGUCUACCUCUUCCACUGCCUUCAGUAUCUCUCGAACCUUUCAAGCAGACGUCUGAGACAUCUAGAGUAUAUGAGGUUCUAGGGGACAUAGUGGAGCAUACUUUCUUCAAUUUGCAUAGUGUCCAGAAGAAUUUACACUUUUGGGAAGCUAGAGCAGAGGGAUCAACUUCUAAUAAAGUAUACUUCAUGGUUUUUGAGAGAGGGCCUCUAGCAUUUCUUGAUGGUUCAGCCCAGUUGUUACAUGACUAUGUUUUCCAUGGCACUGGCAUGCAACAAGUUUCAUCCUCAGCAUCUGUACACAUCUCAGAGAGGAUAAGUGUCUUAACCAGCUUAAGAUACUCACUGGCUACAUUUUUAGCACAGGUCUAUGUGGAGGUUGAAAAAUCAGGGGAACAGAUACUUAAGGAGCCUGGGAAGUCAUUGGCUGCAUUACUAGGCACUAUAAAUGGCUUAUUUUUAAGUUUGGAAGCAUCAAUUGGCCAUUUCAGUGCAGUACGCCAGAUUGGAUCUUCUGUUGAUGGGAGUUACUCGUCUCCUUUGAUGUUUGAGACACUGCCAGAUGUAAACCAAGAAAGUUCUCAGUGGACUGAUUGUGAGAUCAGAGAUGUCAUCAACUUGAUUUAUUUGAAUCUAAACAAGCUGGAUGUCUACUUAUCACUCUUGGUUGCCAAACAUCAAAAGCCAAGGACAAUGACACGUCAUUGGAUGCGCUACACUAUUGGAGCUGUAGGAAUUUCAGUAUUUUCAGUAUGGCUUCUAGGGCAUAGCAGAUUGGCAGGAAGUCCUGACAUUGACAACUGGAUUCAUGAUGCAAAAACUUCUGUCACUGACUUUUUGAAUCACCAUGUAGAGCAACCGCUUAUUGCUAUAAGAGAUGAGCUUUUUGAGACAUUCAGGAAGAGGCACAAGGGAGUAAUGGAACUUGAAGAAGUGCAAUUAACUUCUAAUUCACUACACAGAAUGUUGUUGGCAUUCAGUGAGCAGACUAAAGGCCAAAAGUUUCCAGAAAAUGCAUCGGACCAGGAGAUGCUUGAAAUAGUUAUGGGCAGAUAUGAGAAGGAGCUUAUGCAUCCGAUCCAAAAUCUUGUUGGUGGAGAGCUUGCUCGUGCAAUGCUUAUCCAAAUUCAGAAGCUAAAACUCGACAUUGAAACGGCAAUGCUUGAGCUUAAUCAGAUAUUGAGGGCGAAUGAGAUAAACUUUGCCAUACUUGCUGCUUUACCCGCAUUCUUUCUCUCACUACUUAUUCUCAUGUUAUUGCGUGCUUGGGUCAAACAGGACACAAGGGCACAAGGCAAAGGGAAAAUUGCUCGAGUGCAAAGAAGACUAUUAAUUGUGGAAGUUGAGAAGAAAAUCGUGCAGUUCCAAACUUGCAUUGAUCAGGGGCUGGAGAAAGAUGGGCAAUGUAUGUAUGGAUUGAUUUUGUAUACCUUGGAUCGGCUUUAUAGAGCUGUGGAGAGGCAUGCAAAAGCAACUGGCGAGUGGCAGAGUUUGAGAGAGGAUAUCAACAAUUUGGCAAAACCCAACCUUGCGACUACAGAGAAGCUUAGAGUGACUUCACGUAUGGCACAUAUGUACGAUUGCUUGCUUCCCUCAAUGCGCCAUUAAUUUCUUACCCCAUUAAACAAACACAAAAGAUUUCAAAUCUUGACUUUAUCUUUGAAAAGGCAACCUCUUUUUGUUAUAAAUCAAAAUUUUGCUUAAUCUUUUUGUCAUGUCAUCAAAAUUUUGGAUAGUCUAUUCCUCUAACAUAAGGACAAUAUAUCAUAAAGGUUUUCUAUUUCUUUCGCCUUAAAUGCUUGCAGGCC